UCUGUUUUAAAACUGUGGAGCUGAAAUAUCCUUAAAAAUUUUCUUCAGGCUCAUCGCUUGCAUUUCCUCUUUCUAUCGCGUUCUCUUAUCUCAAUAUAGAAUGCAACUGAAUUCUUGCAGAGCUCUCAACCACAUCCACCACCCCCUUAAUGGCCGAUAUCCCCUUUGCCCGCAUCAACCCUCCCUCCUUCAAGCUCCGGUCGCAGUCAACAUCUGCACAAAGCCGCCGUUUCACUUCCUGCUUGUCGCCUGAGGGACGGAGAAGGGCUGCCCAAACCAUCUCCGCCACGGACAGACCCGCUGCUCCGCCGAGCGUCGAUAUCUUAUCUACCUCCGAAUACUCUGACGGAAGCGUGGUCUUCCGGUUUGGAGAUGCCGCGAAGGUUACAGGGAGGGGUUUGGUGGAGGAGAUGGAGCCGAGGAGGUUUCCUAAUGGUGAAAUGUCAGAACAAAGGGAAGAAAGUUCUGGACUUGAGAGGAGGGGAUCUGAAUCUUGCCCUGCGUUUGAUGAGGGCGGCAGCAGUGGCGAUGAAUUCAGGACAAGUUCUGUAGGUUUUCGUACGUCAAUAGAAAAAGUGGAAAGCGACGUGGGGACGCAUGUUUCAGAUGCUGGGGAGAAGCUGUCAAAAGAUACUGAAGUGUAUCCCAGAGUGGCUGUCCUAGAAGAGAGCAUUUCUGAUUUACUGGAUGGAGCGCUGGUAUCCGAGGCCUCUGAUUUUGAAGUCAGUUUGUUGGCUGCGGAAUCCAUUGUAACUUCUCAAUCUGGAGAAGACCUCAGUUCUGGUUCGGCAGAAUUGAAAAUGCUGCAGCCCAACGAGGUUGAGAGCGAGAUUAUUGUAGUCUCUUUACGGCCUGAUGAAAUUUUGCAGGAUGUUGACAAGGAGAGAGGGGCUGGUGCUGAAAGGGAGCUGAGUGGGGGCUCAAGUAAUGCACUUCCCCUUGCUUCAGGACCUGUAUCACAGGAAGAAGCUGAAACUCCGCAAGUGAGAGACAUCGCUGGUACAGAAGUAUCAAUGGAUUAUUGCCUUAGAACUACUGAAAGUUUUCUGACAGAUAGCAGCGCUUUGAAGAAAUAUAUUUCAUCUGAAUGCGUUUCAGAUUUGAGUUCUCAGGUUAGUUCCAAUGGAAAAGCGAAAGAGGGGAAAAGCAUCAUGGAAGAAUCAUCUGAGAUAUUGAAUACUGAAGAAGCCAAACAGAUUGAUGAGGUCGCUAAGAUAACUGAAAUGGACCAAUAUUCUUCAACCAAAUCAAGGAUUGAGGUUGCUUCAGUGCCACAAUUUUCACUGUCUUCUGGGGCAGCAUUGUUCCCUCAUCCUUCUAAGGUAUUGACAGGUGGGGAAGAUGCUUACUUUGUGGCAUGCGAGAAUUGGUUUGGUGUAGCUGAUGGCGUGGGCCAAUGGUCUCAGGAAGGAAUUAAUGCUGGAUUAUAUGCAAGGGAACUUAUGGAUAAUUGUGAAAAGUUUUUGUCAGAAUGUAAUGGAAUUUCAGAAUAUACACCCAGUCUAGUUCUUAUUCAAAGUGCUUCAAAAGCAAUUUCUCCUGGUUCAUCUACUGUUUUGAUUGGUUUUUUCGAUGGCCAGGCACUUCAUGUUGCAAACAUUGGAGACUCGGGAUUUAUAGUAAUAAGGGAUGCCCAUGUGUUUAAAAGGUCCUCUCCAAUGCUCUACGGUUUUAACUUUCCAAUGCAGAUUGAAAGCGGUGAUAAUCCUUCGAAGUACAUAGAGACUUAUAAAGUUGGUUUAGAUGAAGAAGAUGUGAUUGUAACUGCAACAGAUGGCCUCUUUGACAACUUAUAUGAGAAAGAAAUAGCUGACAUAGUUUCACAAUCAUUGCAGGCCAAUCUUAAGCCAGCGGUAAUUGCUCAGAUUUUGGCUUUGCGGGCUCAGGAAGUGGGAAGGUCAGCAACUUCAAGAAGCCCAUUUGCUGAUGCUGCAAAUGCUGCUGGUUAUCCAACUUUUACUGGUGGCAAGCUUGAUGAUGUUACUGUCAUCGUGUCCAUUGUUGGGAAAUCAAACUGAUCCGGCAACCGCUCUUAUAUUUCUAAUAUAGGUACGCGAGGUUUAUAUUAUAUGUAGAAGUUUGUAGCAAGCUGAACUGAUUCCACCAGCCUCACUUUUGUUUCUAAUAAAGUAGCCAAACUUGUGUUAACUA